AUGUCUUCCACCUCUGACCUUCGAUCGUCAACUUCACCCAUUGAAGAUCCAUUGUCACCGUUUUAUCUCCACCGCUCAGACCACCAUGGCUCCAUCAUCAUCACUCCUAAGCUGACAUCAAAUAACUACUCAUCGUUCAUAGAUGGCUCGAUUCCAGAACCUGAUGUAUCAGAUAAACUCUUUGUGCCAUGUACAAGAUGCAAUAGCCUCAUCCUUGCCUGGCUUCUUGAAUCAAUCUCACCACCUAUAGCCUCUACGGUAUUCUACAUCAGAAAAGCAUAUGAGGUUUGGGAAACUCUGAAGGAACGCUUCUCUCAACCAGACGAUGCAAGAAUUUGCAAUCUCCAGUUUAAUCUCUACAACAUCUCCCAAGGUACAAGAUCUGUUGAUGCAUAUUUCACUGAGUUAAAUUGCAUUUGGGAAGAACUUAGGAUUUACAGACCGCUCCCACAUUGUAGUUGUGGCAUAUGUAACUCAGCUUGCUUUCAAACUUAUAUAGAUCAAUAUCAAAAGGAUUCGGUAUUUAGAUUUUUGAAUGGACUAAAUGAGUCAUUCUCUGCUCUUCGAUCUCAAAUUUUGAUGAUGAAACCCUUUCCUUCAUUGAAUAAGGCAUACAAUCUGGUGAUUAGGGAUGAGUCACAAAGGAAUUUAUAUCUGCAUACUAUGCCUAUCAUAGAGUCCUCUGCCAUGGCCACAAUGACAGAAGGAAAGGUUAAGUCUAAGGUGGAUGUUGUUUGUUCUUACUGUCAUAAGAAGGGACAUACUAAGGACAAGUGUUAUAGAUUGAUCGGAUUCCCACCAGAUUUCAAGUUUUUAAAGGGAAAAUCACCUCUUAAGAAAGGAAAUGUAUGGUCUAUUAAUAAUGUUGGCCCUGUUACAUCGAAGGAAGAAUGUGAUGAAUCAACUGAAUCUUUGUCUUCACUGACUCUUUCUAAGCAUCAAAUUCAAAAGCUAAUGUCAUUGAUCAAUGAUCAUAUUGCUGAUGGUGAGAAUGAAGAACCAACAAAUCCACCCUAA